AUGACAGGCUGUUUAAUAGGGCUCUUCUUGGUUCGGUUGGAGGAGAAGUGCUCAAUGACCUCCCAGUUGGAUUUCUUCGGCGCUGGUGUGUCUGCCGGUGAGGGGGAGGCGCGCGGGGCUGCUGAGGGCGUGCUGCGACCGGAGUCAUCAGCGCGCGCCGAGGUGGCAGCCGAGCGCAACGAAGCGCAGCGGCGACCGCGGAGCGCCUCCUGUCCACCGAAAUUGCGU